UUGUCCACAAAAACAUCAAGCAACAAGCAGUGCAAAAUUCGCCAUUUUGAGAACUUUAGAUCAGAAUUCCAAGGAGGUUUUUGCUACGCCCAUUGACUAUUCACUAAGAAAAUGAGUGGAAAUUCAGCAUUAGUAAGGACAGUAGAACAGCUUCGUCGUGAAGCAAGAGUGGAGCGGGUAAAUGUCUCAGAAGCUGCAAAUGAUUUACUGCAAUACGUCAAACAGAAUGCAAGUGAAGAUUUCCUUCUCAAUGGAUUCUCAGUUGUAUCUAAUCCUUUCAAGGAAAAGAAGUCGUGUACAAUUGUCUAAGUCCUUGUCAAGCAUAAACUGUGCAAUCAUUUCUUUAGAUUGACCUUGAGUCACUUCGGUGUUUCAGUAUCCUGUGAUAAUCGUAGAUGUAUCUUGUGUUUUCUUAUGUGGUACCAUAGUAUACAACCAUCAGCACUCACCAAUUACAAAGGAAGGAAUGCCAGUCAACUCGUAUCCAAAAUCAACUCUUACCAUCACAUAUUGGACAAGUCGUACCUAUGUUUGGACAGUACAUACCUAUGUUUGGACAAGUCGUACCUAUGUUUGUUAUUAAACAUACUGUUUGUAAUCACCAAAAAUUUAACUUGCAAUAAUUACCCAACUUUUGAACAAGCCUUCUUUUAGCAGGAAUUUCUCUCAACUAAGUAUUGAAAAUCUCUCCCCUUUAUAUAUGAUUUAAAUAAACCUACCUCAAUAACAGGCAAGUUUCUUUUUUGAGACAGGAAUAAAAGUACCAGUUUCUAUUACUAGAAAAUAAUAUUUACAACAGGUAUAUUUGAAUUUUGAUCCUUGAUUUGAAUUGUGCUCUCUAAUUGUUAAAAUAUGGACUGAGAAAAGUCGAGAGAUGAGUUGGAUUGGGUACAAGUUGACUCAUGCUGCAAGGAAUUACUGACUGACUGACAAACCUAAAACAAACCAGCAGUGUAUUUUGUUUUCUUAAGUAUUAAACUGAUGUUUAACUGUGUUUAUGUAUUUAAAAAACACAAAUUGUUUUGAUCAUGGAAGAAGUUAUUGGUUUAUCCAUCUUUUAAAUAUGAAAAGCAACAUUUAUCAUAUUGAUAUUCAUAACUUUAAAUUAGUGCAUAUUUUCAAGCCAAUUCAGGUUUUUUUUUUUUUGUAGUUGUGCAAUACUGAAGGCAGCAGUUACUGUACCGAAACUAUAUUUAAUAAUGCGAUUACUUGUGCAUAGUCAGUUAAACAGGGUUCUUAAACUUAUUGUUUGAGAUUUAAAGUAAAUUCAACGAGACAAAUAUUAUCUCAUGUUCGUGGAUGAUGUAAAUAUUGACGAGUUACAGAAAGCAAGUCAUUUAAUAUUUGAUUUUUUUUUUGGGAAGUGAUGUAUGAAAUAAUUAUAUGGUUACACAUAAAGCUGUUGCAACAGCAAUAUUUCCACAUAUUUCACUAAGUUUGGUGCUGAUUGUAGACAAAGGUAGUGAUUUGUUGUUACAAGGUACCCCCCCCCCUCUUAUUGUCACACAAGUGUUAACAUAACCGCUUGAUACAACCAUCAAAUCAGGGUUAGGGUUUUACCUGUUCAUACAUGCAAACCAGUUGAAAGCUAAAUUGUAGUAAACCACAGUAGUUCACUUUGUUCACUGCAUUAUCAGUUAAGUUUUUGUCAUGUGCACAACAUUUUUAAUUAAAACUUAUGUUAUCUGGAUUCUACAAUCAUGCUUUAAAUAUUUCAAGAGCGAGCAACUAAAUCCACCACCGAUAUUGAUAGUUUAUUUAUUUAAUAAAUAGUUUACCUUAAAAUUGACACUGUGAUUACUAUUUUAGAUAAAUGAAGAACUGCAUAAUGAUGAUUAAUGUAGCAAGUCAGUAAUAAUAUUAAUAAAAACUAUAAUUAAUGUUAUUAAUUAUAAAAACUAUAAUUAAUAAUGACCAGAGCAUUUUAAUCCCACCGUGUUGCAAUCUCAUCUGGCUAUGACUCCACAAACUUGUGUGCUACAUCUUCAAUUUUAACCACCAUGUUUUGGGGCACAUAAUUUAGAAAAAAAUAUAUGUCUUGUUUCUUUUUUUUUUUUCUUUUUCUUUUUUAAAUGGGGGUGGGGUGUUAGGUUUUUUGGCCUAUAUUUGUUAAUUUAUACUCAUCACAAAGGGGCCACUACAUACGAAAGAAUAAUAUUUGCCUAAUAAUAUUUAGAAACAUGGUUUUUUGGAGUUAUUUUCUUUUUGCUGUCUUUAAAUGUGUGCAAUCUUUGUAGUUUCUAGUAAAAAUUUCAAAUUAGUUACAGUCCUUAUUAGUAUUCUAGUUUAUGCCAAGCAGGGGAAAACAUAUGGGUGUUGAUUGUGUCUCAGGUGGAAUGAUGUAAUGGUAAUAUAUAUAAAUGUGCGCUAUAAUUAAGAAAAUAUAGCUCUGUGACAAAUUCAUGGCAAUUGCCCAUAUAUGGGCAUGAUAAAAUAUUAUCACAUCCAUAUUUGGGCAUCAUUUUGCCAUAUAUGGGAAGUUCACAUUUAUUUGUCAUGUAAUAUCAAAUUUGAAAGUGUGGAUAGAGCAAAGAUCAUGAUAACAUUGACUAUUAAGCUGUGUUUAUUUUUUCAGAUGUUUGUCAGACUGAACAUCUUUGAACAGAUUUAGUUUGAUAGUUUGUGUGCUAAUAACAAUACUUGGUCAUGUAAUAUUAUUAGAAUUCCAGACAUCUGUGUGAGUACUUUGAUAUCAAGAGCCGAUGGCUUAACACUUCUGUUAUUUAGCAUAGAGUAAGUUCUAUAUAGACAAUUCUAUAAAGCCAGGUUCGUGCACAUACUUGCAUAACGUCAGCAAGAUGGACCGUUCCGUUAAGCCCUGCCUCUUGGAUAUUGUUUUCAAGGUCUCAAAAAGCAUCAACGUAAACAUAAGUAAAUGCGCAUGUUUGUUGGACAACACGUGUGAUACUGACACCAGCACAUAUGCCUGGCGAUUUACUGAUUGGUACGCUGGAAAAAUUCAUUUGAGUAAUACAGAACAUGGCAAGCGUAAAACAUCGUUUUUGUGUUACUUCAGCGUGUGUUACGUUACGGUAGUAUUUGCAUGAAAUAUAAUUGAAUGGUUUGAUAAUGGCGAUUUACCUAAGUAGGCUUCACAGAAUCGUGAUAGUAGUGUACAAUUAUAGGCAGCGUGUGUUUUAGUUUUGUUUUAAAAUACUUGUCUAUGCACUACUGUAUUCUUUGUAACAGAGUAUCACAAUGAAUUUUCACUAUUUCAAGAAAUACAAUUAUUUUUGUGCUUGGUUACGGCACUUAUUUACAAUUUAUCACUUUGAUAUUUUAUUUGCAUAUGGUUGUAAGUUUAGCCAUGUAGUCAGUAUAUUAAUGCAUGACUUGUGGAAUAAAGUUAGCUUACAUGGUUAUCGUAA